CUAUUAGGCCUGCAACACUACACAACAUUUACCAGAAGCCAACAUCUGCGACAGUCUGCGCCAUGACGCUCAGCGACACGUACCAGACGUUCUUAGACCGUCCUUCGCAAGGCGCUCUUGCAGAGAAGGCAGCGCUGAACUACAUUACAACCCUCACCAGCAUCCACGAUGCCGCGGCGAUCAUCAAGCACCUGCAGGUUCAGGAGAAGCUGCUGAAGAAGACGAAGCAGCAGGUCGUGAGCGUGGUAGAGGGCAGACAUGCGCUCAGUCUGGACGUCGAGACGACAAUUGAAUUCCAGAACGGCGGCGGCGCGUACCUGCCUGGCCUGGACGACAACUUUGUCGCAGAUCGCACUGUGACUUUCCCUAUGGUCCACAUCGUGCACUUUGAUAGUUCAGACAAGAUUACGCAGAUUCGUCAGUACUGGGACCAGGGCUCGCUGCUCAAGCAAAUCGACGUAAUUGGCGCGCGCGCUCGCAACUGGCCCAUCCGCGAAGGCCCAGAGCAGGCGAAGCUGAUCAAGUCCUCUGCUCAACUCGCACAACUAGACUCGGCGCCGUCUUCGCGCCCUUCGACCGCUUCACGAGGCGCAGACGAGGUCUCAAUCCGCUCGCGAGACUCGACCACCAAUGCCACAAACGACCCCCACGCCUCUCUUUCCUUGUUCGAGCGCCGUCAGAUCGACGAGGAGCUGCCUAGUGCGCACCAGAUAGCGCCACGCGCACUGUCUGCAAAGCCCCCGCCGCGCGAGUACUCUGAGCUGUUUGUUGGCGAGAAUGCAGGAACGACAUCUCCACAGAACCAGAGGAUCCCAGUCAAGGCUGGUGCCAACAAGAAGCUGCAAGCAAACCGCUUGUUUGAUGAGACAGAGGAGGACAGGAUUGCUGCAACUACACCCCUCAAGGUCACCAAGACCAACCCGAAGAAAUUCAACCACUUCGAGUUUGGCGAUGGCGAAGACGAGGAGACACCGCGUGGACGUGAUGCAUCAAGGAAGGAGGGCUUUCGCGACAAGAGCAAGAGCAAGAGCCAGGCGAACUGGGACUUCGAGGACUUUGUCACGCCUGAGAAGACGAACCCUAAGAAUAACCCGCAGGCUGUUCGCAAUUUCAGUUGGGAAGAUGACGAGGUGGGUGCAAAUCAAACAGCACGUUGGACCUCCUGGUCCUUGCGUUGUGUUCUGACACUGAAGUCUGUCGAGACGUCUCCUGUCCGCGUGGAGCGCGUGUACAAGGCACGCCCCGGCACCGGUCACCAGUUCGAAUUCGAGGAUGAUGGUACACCAGCUGCGCGCAAGACUCAAGCCCCCACCAAGGGUGGUGCAUCGAACAAGGGCCAAGGCCUGUACAAAGAUCAUGUUACCGGCAACGACGACGACGAGGGCACCGCUCACGGCGACAACCGCGCACUGAACGACGUCACGAAGGCAGUCAAAAACAAGAAUCGCUCCAAGGACUUUGGUGCCCACUGGGAAAUGAACGACAACACUCCCGUUAACAAGUCCAAUGAGAACAGCAAGCUUGGAAAGCCUUCUCACCAGGCUACGAAGUCUAACUUUGGCUUCUACGACGAAUCGCCGCAGCAGGGUUACAAGAUCAACAUCGCUGGUAACGGCAUGGGUAACCGCGCUGGCACUCAGUUCUCCCUGUUCGACCAAGAGCCAGAGGAGCCUAAGGCUGAUGAUAGGAGCAUUGGGAACCACAAAGGAAUCAAAGCCACUGGCGACGGUAUGGGUGGGCGCAAGGGCGCGGAUAAGAGCUUCUGGGACUUCUAG